AUGAAGGGUGCCACUUCUUUCGCGUUUGUUACGCUUCUGGCCGCUGCCCAGGCCACGACUGGGUACUGGGGCUCCGAAAAAUGCUACUCCAGCCCGGGCCGUUCCCCCAACAAGUGUAACGAGUACCAGCAAAAUGGUUUCGACUGGACCGGCCUGGCUGAUGGCUCGUUCUCUCAAUACGGAGGCUUCGACUUCUCCGGCUUCUCGUGCAGCAACAGCUUUGGCGGAGCUGGUCUCGCCAAGCGUGGUCAAAAAUGCAUCACCGGUACUGCUGGAAAGGGUAGCGGCUCUAGCAGCAGCUCCAGCUCGGGCUCUCUGAGUGAUUCUGUUGGAAGCAGCGCGUCUUCUCCCUCCUUCUCGUGCGGCUCCAGCGGCGAGAAUGCCUUCUCCGUCACUCAUUUCCACAUUUCUACCUCUGAGGAAACCGAUCUGCACAUCAUCUACAAGAUGCCUGAUGGAACCUCCUGCCGCAACACUGCCUCUUGCUCGUCCGCCGGAACCACUAUCGAGAACGACCAGUGCGGUGGCGCUACCUCCGUCUCCUUCGAGCUGCCCGAGGACAGCGAGCAUGACAGCUGCGACUUUGGUAUCUACACAAUUGGCUUUGACUGCACUCCCGGUAACACCGCCACGACUCUACCCACUGGUCCCGCUUCGACUCCGGCCACUUCUGCUGCGGGCUCUUCCACUCUGAGUGUUUCAGUUCCCAGCACCCCCGCCGGAAGUACUGUGGUUUCUGUGCCUGGCAAGCCCGGCUCUUACACCCCCCACAGCCCGUCUGCGUCGGUGCCUCCUGUUUCUGUUCCCUCUUCUGCUGAUGCUACCAGCACCCCUGCUGUGACUCCGGUCACCAGUACUCCGGCCAAAUGGACCACUUCCACUGUGUACACUACCAGCGAGAUCACGAUCACCAGCUGUGCUGCGACGGUGACCGAUUGCCCUGCUGACUCUACCUCGGUCGUUACCUCUACUAUUCCGGCUUACACAACUGUCUGCCCCGUUACUGAUACUACCCCCGCUGGAACUUCUCCCGCUGAGUCUACCUCCGCCGAGUCCGUUCCUUCUGGCGGCACUCCUAUUGGAUCUACUCCCACUGGAUCUUCCCCUGUGGAGGGCACUUCCCCGGCUGCCACCUCCCCAGCCGAGUCGACUCCUGGUCCUAGCGGCAGCUCACCCGUGUCCUCGCCUAUCACUUCGCCCGCUCCUCCUGUCGGUACUUCGACCCCGAUGGUGCCUGCUGGUAGCUCUUCGAUUCCUUCCGACUCGACUGUGACUGUUGUUACUUACACUACUGUCACUAACUGCCCCUUCACGAGCACCUACACAACCGGCGGAUCUACUUCGGUUACUACUGGCUCUACUCUCUCUACGGUGACCAUCACCUCGACUUCCACUAUCUGCACCAAGUGCAUUGCUGGAUCGACCACUGCUCCUGCUAUUCCUGAGACUUCUCCUGCUAGCACUGAGACGGCCCCUGCUGGUACGGAGACUACUCCCCCUAGCACCGAGACUUCUCCGGCUGGUUCUGAGACCACUCCUGUCGGCUCCGAGACUACUCCUGCUGGUAUUACCAGCCCUGCUCAGACUUCUACCCCCGUUGUCCCCUCGAGUGUCGAUGCCGGAUCUACUCCUGGUGCGCCCGAGGAGUCUACGACCACUGUUGUGACCUAUGUUACCACCACGACCUGCCCGGUCACUAGCACCUACACCACUGGCGGAUCUACUUCGGUCAGCAUUGGCUCCACGGUCUCUACCGUCACUGUCACUCAGACUUCCACAAUCUGCACUAAGUGCACUGCUAGUGCCACUACCGCCCCUGGCAUUCCGGCGACAACUCCCGUUAUCACCGAGACCACGCCGGCUGUUCCUGGGAUUACCACCAGCCCCAGUGAGACUCCUGCUCCUUCUCUGCCCUCAAGCGUGGAUGCUGGCUCUACUCCUGGAGCUCCCGAGGAGUCUACCACUACCCUUGUCACUUAUGUCACCACCACUACUUGCCCCGUCACUAGCACCUACACCACCGGUGGAUCGACCUCGGUCAGCACUGGUUCUACGGUCUCCACAGUCACUCUUACUUCGACUUCGACCGUCUGCACCAAGUGCACCGCAAGCGCUACGUCUCCUCCCGAUACUGCCACUGCUCCUACCGGUGUCAGCCCCUCGGGCACCUCGCCUGCCUCAAGCCCUGCUCCUUCAUCCCCUUGCCCUAACACUGUGCCUCAGUGCCUGAACACCUGGCUCACUCUAGCUCCCAAGUGCACCUCCAACAGUGAUGCCUCGUGCUUCUGCCCCAACAAGCAGUUCACCGACAAGGUCAUCUCUUGCAUCCAGGCCUGGGGUGGCACCAAGGAGGAAAUUUCCUCUGCUCUGUCCUACUUCACCGGUAUCUGCGCUCACUGGGUUGACCAGAACCCCGGUAUUGUGACUGCUGUGCCUUCAACCAUCACCCUGGCUCCCAGCGUCUCCGUCUCUACCGCCACCGUGAUCAGCUCUGCUGCCGCCGUCGGCACAACCGCUGGCUCGGGGGAAGUCACCUCGGCCCCGGCCCUGCCCUGCACUACCAUUACCUAUGGUACCCGCACCGUGACCGUGCCGCAGGUUACUUUCAUUACCAACACCAACACUGCCGCAGGUGCUACCCAGACCGUCGGUCUUGUCCCCGCUGGUCCCAGCGGCGCCGCUCCCGCCAACACCGGCAAGGUCCCUGCCCCGGCCGCGGCCUCUUCCACCUGGAGCACCAGCGCCUAUCGCCAGCCCACCGCCAGCGCCGGCAUCUCCCCCAGCGCUUCGCCAGUUUUCAACUCAGCCCCGGGCCUGUCGAUUGCUUCCAGCCUUCUGAUGGGUUCGAUCGCUGCCUUCCUGGGUCUCCUGUUCUAG